GAUAUGUAGUUGACUGGUGGGGGUGUACGAUGACAGUAUUUGUUAGAGAUCCUUGUGGUAUUGUAUGUAUUUUGAUGACAUAUGUGGCUGUGCUUUAUGCAGAUUACGUAGUAGUAAGAUGGAUUAUUCUACAGACUAUGCAAAACAGUCUUUGGGGACCAUUCCAUGUUGUACUCUUCAAUACAAUUGUUUUUCUGCUUGGGAUGGCACAUUUGAAAGCAGUUUGUUCGGACCCUGGCGUUGUUCCGUUACCUCAGAACAGAGUCGAUUUUUCUGACAUUCAUUCAGGGUCACAGAAUUCACUACAGCGAGAGGAUUGGACUGUGUGCACAAGAUGUGAAACCUACCGACCACCAAGAGCGCAUCACUGUCGAAUUUGCAAACGUUGUAUACGCAGAAUGGACCAUCAUUGUCCAUGGAUAAAUAAUUGUGUUGGAGAGCAAAACCAGAAGUAUUUCAUCCAGUUCCUGGUUUACGUUGGUGCCCUAGCAGCGUAUGCAAUUAUUCUUGUGAUAGUUUCAUGGGUAAUGGAUUGCCCAGAAUGCAGUAAUGAAGUGACAGUAAAGCAGAGUAGAAUCUUACACUGUGUGAUACUUGUGGUGGAAAGUGCCCUGUUUGGAAUGUUUGUGUCUGCAAUCUUGGUGGAUCAGUUUCAAGCGAUAUUCAGUGAUGAGACAGCAGUGGAACAGGUGCAGCAGCAGGGUCCAUAUAGACCCCAUAAACACAAAUGGGCACUUCUCACAGAAGUGUGCGGCCGCAGUCAUCCUAUCUUUUGGCUGCUGCCGUGUGCCAGUGUACCUAAACACUUGGAAGAGCCAUUGCUCAACCACACUGUCUGAAAUUGUGUGUACUGUGAUGUGAAGUGUUUAAACUGGAUAUUUGUUAUGUUGCUUUAUAAUUUAAAUUUGCCGGGUGAUUGCAGUGAUAAUCUCGAGCAUAUUUCAUUAACUGGAUGAAUAAUGUUUUAAAGUGCUAUUGUGAGUCAUAUGGCUGAGAGUAUAUUAAGAUUUUAAUUUGUUAUUAUCAUUUGUGAUGUGAUCCAAAUGGUUUUUUAAUUUCUUUGUAUGUGAAGGAGUCAAGAUAAUCCUUCUUUAUUUAUUAAUGUUGUUAAUAAGUUACAUUUAUUUAUUGUUUUAUAGCACAUUGUGAUAUAAUGUUGCCUUGAUGUGUAACUUGGAACAAGGUAACUAAAAGUUUCCAGGAGAGAUGAUCGGUUUGUGUGUAUUAUUAAUGUGUCAUGAAUUCAUGAGCUAAAACAGUGAACAGGAAUUCUGUUACCUUUAAAUAAUUUAUAUCCUCUGUGUGUGUGUGUGUGUGUGUGUGUGUGUGUGUGUGUGUGUGUAAAAGGGGAGGGAGAUAGGAGGAAUCAAUAUGACACAUAUAUUCAUGGAACUACUUCAAAUUUUCCACUGUCUACAUUGUACACAAUAUGUAUUAUGAAAGUUGAAGAAAAAGCAAUUGUAUGUUUGCUGUAACAUUAUCCUUAAUCUUCUGUUGUAGGUGCAAAAUGUUCUUUUACUUCUUGAUCAUCCCAUGAAAGUAGCAUGAAAAUUAAGGAGAAAAGUAUUACUCUUGCAUAAGUAUGUUGUUUAGUGAUUUAAGUGUGACAAUAAUUCUGUAACACUGCAGGCUAUGUUUUUUGUAUGAUAAUGGUACUCUGUUGUUUUGCGCAAAUCUGAAUUGUAUUUAUUACCUUGCUGCUUUACCAGAGCAUGAGAGAAUUUUUUUCCAGAAUCUAUGCAUAUUGCACAGAGCCAUAUCUUCUAAUAGUCACAGUUUGUCAGUCUAAAUUCAUAUUGUUGUUGAAAAUGACAUUAUUUCAUCUUCCCCAUUAUUUUGUUCACUGCUCACUUAUUUUAUUGGAAGACUGCCAUACGUGUUUAAUUUUGUACUGAUAUUCUUUAGUCCUAAACAAACAAAUAGAAUUUUUGGCUUGCCAUAUUAUGUAUUUGAAUGAGAGAUGUAAUGAAAAGUACGUCCUGUACACUUGUAAUGUCUACAUUUUUGUAGUUGACUAUUGCACCCUUCAGAGUAAAGAUCUUAGUAGGAAAACAGCUAUUUUGUGGACUCAACUAAAUCAUAGUUAAAGGCUUCCGUCAUGUUUCACAAUACUGUUUUUAGGGCUUCUAUUGUUUCUCUUAGCAAUAAAUAAAGAAUUGUAUGUUCAUCAGCAGCUGAAUAAGUGAUGUGCUUUCAAACAAAUACUUAUAAAAAAGAUAUGAAAUUCAGUCAAAAUGAAAAGUAAUGUUCCCCAUCCAUCUUUUGCUUACUUUUCCAUAUGAUGUAAAACACUUGGGCAGGUUUUACGUCUGGUUAGCAAUAUCAUUAUCUUUGGUCUUUGUUUGUGAAUGAGGGACUUAUUACCAUAUAUUUUGGCACCAUAAACCCUGAUCAACCAAUCCAUCCCCAACCUGCUGCACUUUGUGUCUAGCCUAUUUUUUUCUGUUUCUCUGUCUUUCUCCUCCUGUCUUAAGUUUUUAUUUUAUUGCAUUUUAUUCAUUAUAAUUUUCACUGCCAAGGCAUUUUGUUUUCAGACUUUUCAAGAGAAUUCAGUUGUUUGGAAAAAACUUGAUUAUUCUUUUUUCUGUAAAUGUUAAAAUUCCAUCACACGUGCAAUUUAAUGAGUCAAAUUGUAGUAGUUUCAAAAGUUGUUAAUUUAUGUACUACCUUUUACAACACUGCUGUAUUCAUGGUAACUGAAAAGUAAAUCUGUUAAUAGUCUAUGAAAGGAGAUUAAUUAUUUUCUAUGUUAUUUAUCAUGCUUUUUAAGUUUUAAAUAUGUAUUAACCUAAUGGCCUUGGUGAAGAAAUGUUAAAAGCUUCUUUAUUCCCAUUCUGGCCUCUUUAUAUCAUACUGUCUCUAAUCACCUUUGUAAUCCUUCAAUACACUUCAUUGACUCCUACAUUCACCUUUCUUUAACACAGUGUGCAGCAGUUUAUUCUGUAAAAUGUCAAGUGCUUCCUUUGUAGGCCUAAAGUAAAGGGGAAACAUACAGUGAAAGUACUGCGUAAAAUAUGUGAUAUGCAAUUUGAACGUAAAAGAUUUGAUUUAUUUUUGUCGUUCUUACUCCACAGUUUUCAGAUGUGUAUUGAAUGAUGGUAUUCUUAUUCCAACACUGUAAAGUUAUUAACAAUAACAUUUAUUUAGAACAAUCUGUUGUCCAGUUUUGAUUGUAGAGCCAUUUUUGCGUAGACUUGUAAUGACUGUUCACCUGCAAGAACACGGGAAAUGACCAAAAGCUACUAUCAGUAAUUUUACAGUGUUGUUGCAGCAGUAUUGUCAUUCAGUACAAAAUUUAUCGAGCUUAUCUAUUACAUAAUUUUGUUUAGUUUAUUUUAUAUAAAUCAGUGCUAGUGAAUUCACUGCAGUGCUACAGAUAGGAUUUCCAAAGUGAACAUGUGAUGACAAAAGUUUUAAUCAGUUAUACGAUUCUAUACCUUUAAAGAUAUUUAGCAUUAUGUAAUGGUGACUCACUUUAUGCAAGGAACAGCCUCUGUAAUGAACUUUCUACAUAAGUGCAACUGAAAACUUGUUCUCGGUGGAUAGUAAUGCUUUUCUGUUAAAUUACAGCAUAUUCUUCAUGUCAAAAGCUCCAUUGUUAUUUAAUUUUUUUUAGUUUUGAUGUUAGAGCAAAUUGAGUGCAUGUGUUAAAGGUUGCAUAAUUUUCAGUCACCAUAAAGUACCUGUUUGUUCAUUGUUGCUUAAUAAUAUUGGCAUGUACAAAGUUUUCAGCAGUUAUUGAUGUUAGCAGUUACCCUUAACUUUAAUGUAACACAUGUGAAACAUUCCAGUAUGACUUGGACUUGGAUGUAGAAAAGUGAAAUAAUGUGGUUUACUGGAUUAUACUCAGGAUAUUAACUCAUAUUCUGCUAAUGGCAGCCAGACAUUAGUUUGAGAAUGAUCCUGCUUUUUCACUGUAAAAACUUUUUGUCAUUGUACAAAUUGAGGAGAGAAAAAUGUAUUUGUUAAUGCAGAUGCACAGCCUAAAGGUAUUUUCAGAACAUAAAACCCUGUAUAAUUGCUUUUGCUGUGUGCAUUGUCAUCUAUACCUUAACAUUUAUUAUAUAAGAACAUGAAUAUGAAACUAGAAAUAUUCAGAUAUGCAUGUUCAAUCACUGUUUACUUCAAUUUUGGAGAGAAUCAAUUUUAAUGUGUAUAAUAUUAUGUGCAUGCUCGCCUUGUGGAUUCUGAUGUUUUAUUGUUUGUAUAUGUGCAAAACAAUUUGCUUUGUUCAUAGCAUUUCAUAUUUACCAGUUACUUUUUAAAAAAGAGUGCAUGGGAAGUAUGAUAUUAAUUUAUCAUCAGUAUUAUGUACUGAAAACUCAAUUUUAUACUUCAUAUUUAUUUUAUGAGACUGAAAUGAGAUAUGCAUAUUUGGGCUUUA